GUAAUCGCAAUCACAGAAAUGCGACAACCCAUUAGGUAACAACAGUCUUUCGUUAUACAAUUAUACAAACAUCGACUCAUCAACAUUCAUUUUGAUAUAUAUAGAGCAGCAUACAACUUUAUUAGAAUAUGCAUUUAAUAUUUACCAACAUUUACAAGACUAUUUGAUUCGUCUUGUCUCUUUCAGUACCACACCGUCACAAAAUAAGAAAAUAGACGACAUGCAUUUUCUGUUACUCCUCUCUUGUUGGGUCCCUCAAAGUCCCUAACCUAGUUGCCCUUACUUUUCUAUUUUUUACAUUUUUAUUUUUGUUUUUCACACGCUUGACACUUGUCAAACCAAAAUGUUUGUUGAAGGAUUUGAAAAACUCAUCAUACGAGCUACUGUUGAAAGCUCGCAGAGUAGCUGAGCCAGUCCGGAAGGAAGGUAAAACAGAAACUGAAAUCUGUUGGUACUUCUCAGUUCUCACUACAAAUGUUCUGUUAUAUUUCUUUUGAGACAACAUUCUGAGUUUUGUUGUUUAAUUUGCCCAAGUUUAUUCUAGUGUUUGUAUUGCGUUGAGUAGCUACUAAUUAAUGCAAGCUUGUUAUGUCUCUUGAUAAGGCAGAAACAGAGGUGAGGUAUCUUUCUUGGAGGCAGAAUGUUUCAAGAUUGAUCCAUGAAGCAAGAAAGUUUACUGUCGAUCUAAACAAGACGUGGAUUCUAACGGGAAUAAAUUUUUUUGAUGUUGACUAUGACUAUCUUGUAACUCAGUCUAACACAUUUAACAUUCCUGGGGUGGAGGAGAAUUGUCAUUUCCUUAGCCAUUUUUAAUAGUUUUCUUGCUCCACUCUCUAUACAUUGUUCUCUAAGCAAUGGUAGUUUGUGGAGCAAAGUGUAAAAUGACGGAUUGCUUAUAUGGAUGUAAGAAUAUUCCGAAGGAUUUUAUCUCUUUUUAAGAUGUCUCUAAGAACUGAUGGUGGGAUUGCAGGUGGUUGAAGUCUUGAAGAUGGACAAAGAAUCCGUAGAACUGUCAUUGUUUCAUAUGAGAAGGAAAGUUUACCAGAACUGAACGAAUAAGAAAGAAAGAUGAUGCUAAAUUUUGUAGUAGUUGGUGGUGGACCAACAGGUGUUGAGUUUGCUUCUUAGCUUCAUGAUUUUAUCAACGAGAUCUAGUCAAACUCUAUCCCGUGGCCAAUAAUUUAGUGCAAAUCACUCUUCUAGAGGCUGCAGAUCAUAUGAUCUUAACAAUGUGAGAUUUCCUUAUAUCUAAAAAAAUUUUUAAUCAAUGACAAGACUUUUUUGGUGUAAAAUCUCGUAUGAUGAUUCUAGUGAGGCGUUUGUGUCAAAGGUUGCUGAAAAAAAAAAUUAGUGGAGAUUGUGAAAAUGGGUUCAAUUGUAGCCAAUGUGAAUGAUAUAUAUGCAACAUUUAAACAGAGAAAAUUCAUAGUAAGUAAAUACACCAUGGGUCCAUGUGUAUGAUCCUCUGUUUCUUAUGCUUUUGGAUUGGGUUUAUUUUUUUCCAGGAAGACAGAUCCUCAUUGUUUGGUGAUUUAUAAAUUCUAGUUUUUGACCCCAAAAAAAUUCUAGUUUUUAUGUGUUUAAAACUAAAUUAAAUUUGAACUUAGCGCCUUACAAAAGAGUAAUGUUUUACAAUAUCAAAACAAAACAUGUGUCGUCUAGUCAGAAAAUUCAUUGUUAGAUCUGUUAUUAUCCUUCGCAAAGAUUUUCAUAAUUAAUUUAAUUCCCACUUCAUGGUAGAGUGUUAAUUAUAUAGAAUGGUAUAGGAGAGUCCUCUGCCAAUACGUAAUACUAAAAUUGUUCAUCUGUCUCAUACUAGUAACUCAAAACAAAACCUAACCUCUCAACCACAAUUCUAAACCAUAUCGCAAACUUUACCUAUAACUUUUUACUUAAAAGGAAACAAUAAAUUCAAAUGAACAUGCAUUCCCCAUCCAUAUCGUUGAAUCUAUUACAUGCUAGAAAGUAGAAACCUGGGAUUCUAAAGUAAGAUUACUUUUUUUGUGACAUUUUCUAUUAAAAUACAAUAUGAUGCAUAUUCUUUCUAAUUUCCACGGAUUAUAAACCUUAUAAAAAAAUUUCUUGACUUAUAUAUCUAUGCGAAUCAAUAGACUCUGACUUAGAGAGAUGCAUGCGAAUUAAUGUGGCUGGAUUAUUUUGUCCAAUUGCUAGAUGGAAAAUAAAGACCGAGGAUUUAAUUCCAUGUCAAGUUCAUUUGGUGCUAAUUUUACCACAUAAAUGAAUUAUUAAAUUUAAGGAAAAUGAGCAUAAAAGAUAAUCAAUUAAAUUCAACACGUUAAGUAAGUUAACGAUCUAUCCACAGCUUACUAGUGAAUCCACAUUAACCUCCACACCUUUGCUUAUAUAUAAUAAACACAGAACGUGUAACGAUUCAUCUGCUUAUUCUAAUCUACACUCUUAAAAUUUAGUAAAAUCCAAAAUGCCCGCAGUCGGAAUUGUCAUCGGAGAUGGCAAUAGGGAAUAUCCCGGCAAACUCACUCUUUACGUCACCAUGACGUGUAUCGUGGCUGCCAUGGGUGGUCUCAUCUUCGGUUACGACAUUGGAAUCUCCGGUGGAGUGACAACUAUGGACUCGUUUCAGAAGGAGUUCUUCCCAUCCGUAUACGAGAAACAAAAGAACGAUCAAGAGUCUAGCAAAUACUGCAAAUUCGACAGCAUUCCUCUCACUCUCUUCACCUCCUCUCUCUACCUCGCCGCGCUCUGCUCUUGCGUUGUUGCUUCUUACGUUACUCGUGAGUUUGGCAGGAAACUUUCGAUGCUUCUCGGAGGAGUUCUCUUCUGCGCCGGAGCUCUUCUUAACGGUUUCGCAACCGCAGUUUGGAUGCUCAUCGUUGGUCGUUUGUUGCUCGGUUUCGGUAUUGGGUUCACAAAUCAGUCCGUACCGUUGUACCUCUCGGAGAUGGCACCAUACAAAUACAGAGGAGCACUGAACAUCGGGUUCCAGCUCUCGAUCACCAUAGGCAUCCUCGUCGCCAGCGUCCUAAACUUCUUCUUCUCCAAGAUUCCCGGCGGCUGGGGCUGGCGGCUCAGCCUCGGCGGCGCCGUCGUUCCCGCUCUCAUCAUCACCGUCGGAUCCCUCAUCCUCCCGGACACACCGAACUCCAUGAUCGAGCGAGGCCGAUUCAAGCAAGCCGAGACGAAACUCCGUAAGAUCCGAGGCGUCGACGACGUCGAAGACGAGAUGAACGACUUGAUCGCCGCCAGCGAAGCUUCGAAGCUCGUGGAGCAUCCGUGGCGCAACCUGUUGCAGAGGAAGUACAGGCCGCAUCUUACUAUGGCGAUUCUGAUCCCUUCUUUCCAGCAGCUCACGGGGAUCAACGUCAUCAUGUUCUACGCGCCGGUGCUGUUUCAAACGAUCGGGUUUGAAAACGACGCGGCUUUGAUGUCGGCGGUUGUUACCGGUUUGGUUAACGUCGGAGCCACCGUUGUUUCGAUUUAUGGAGUUGAUAAAUGGGGGAGACGGUUUCUCUUCCUUGAGGGAGGACUUCAAAUGCUAAUUUCUCAGAUUGCUGUUGCGGCGGCGAUCGGAGCCAAGUUCGGGGUCGACGGGAACCCUGGGGUUCUACCAAAGUGGUACGCCAUUGUUGUGGUCUUGUUCAUAUGCAUCUACGUGGCGGCGUUCGCUUGGUCGUGGGGUCCACUCGGUUGGCUUGUUCCCUCGGAGAUUUUCCCGCUGGAGAUCCGAUCUGCGGCUCAGAGCGUAACGGUGUCGAUGAACAUGAUCUUCACGUUCAUAAUCGCGCAAGUGUUUCUGAUGAUGCUUUGUCACAUGAAGUUCGGGUUGUUCAUAUUCUUCGCGUUUUUCGUGGCGGUGAUGUCGGUUUUCAUCUACGUUUUCUUGCCGGAGACGAGAGGUGUGCCGAUUGAGGAGAUGAAUCAGGUGUGGAGAUCGCAUUGGUAUUGGUCAAGGUUCGUUGAGGGAGAUGAGAAUGGUCGUGUCGAGAUGGGAAAAGUCCAUUAACGAACCAAGAAAACGAUAUGUUUUUUUUUUGGUUUGGUUAGUAACUCAUAAUAUAAUCAAUCAAAGGAUACGAUUAGUAACUAGUAAGUAGUACUUUGUUUGUUUCGUUUCAGACACGAACAAAGUUUAUGUAUUGUUUUCUUUUCUUUAAUGCAAGAACCUGUUUCACUA